UCUUUUCCUUAUUAGUAGCUCCCAUUGCUUGCCGUGCGGUGUACGUGUGUAUGUACUGCUUGUGCCAACAACAACCAAUUUCUCCGUGUGCAACAAAUUCACGAACUAUUUUAGCUGGAAUAAAUCCGUUUCACUGAACUGCAAUCAUGGCCUAUUCGAAUAAGUUCAUUUACGCAACGUUGCCGCGAACACAGCGAGGCCAACCGAUCGUGCUGGGCGGUGAUCCGAAGGGCAAGAACUUCCUCUACACCAACGGCCAUUCGGUGAUUAUCCGCAACAUCGAUAAUCCGGAAAUUGCGGACAUCUACACGGAGCACUCGUGCGCGGUGAACGUGGCCAAGUACUCGCCGAGCGGGUUCUACAUCGCCUCCGGCGACGCGUCGGGCAAGAUCCGCAUCUGGGACACGGUGAACAAGGAGCACAUACUGAAGAAUGAGUUCCAGCCGAUCGGGGGCCCGAUCAAGGACAUCUCCUGGUCGCCCGACAGCCAGCGGAUCGUGAUCGUGGGCGAGGGCCGGGAGCGGUUCGGGCACGUGUUUAUGGCGGAAACGGGCACCUCGGUGGGCGAGAUUUCGGGCCAAUCGAAGCCGAUCAAUUCGUGCGAUUUCCGGCCGGCCCGCCCGUUCCGCAUCGUGACCGGCAGCGAGGACAACACGAUCGGCGUGUUCGAGGGGCCACCGUUCAAGUUCAAGAUGACCAAGCAGGACCACACCCGGUUCGUGCAGGCGGUGCGCUACUCGCCGAGCGGCCACCUGUUCGCUUCGGCCGGGUUCGAUGGCAAGGUGUUCAUCUACGACGGUACCACGUCCGAGCUGGUCGGUGAGGUGGGCUCGCCGGCGCACAGUGGCGGUGUGUACGGGGUCGCCUGGAAGCCGGACGGCACGCAGCUGCUGACCUGCUCGGGCGACAAGUCCUGCCGGCUGUGGGACGUGGCGACGCGCACGCUCAUCAGCGAGUUCCCGAUGGGCAGCACGGUCGACGAUCAGCAGGUGUCGUGUCUGUGGCAGGGCGACCACAUCCUGUCCGUGUCGCUGUCCGGGUUCAUCAACUACCUCGAUGUGAACAAUCCCACCAAACCGCUGCGCAUCGUGAAGGGCCACAACAAGCCGAUCACGGUGCUGACGCUGAGCGACGAUCGCAGCACGAUCUACACCGGCAGCCACGAUGGGGCGGUGACGAACUGGAACUCGGGCAGCGGUACGAAUGAUCGGGUGGCGGGCAUCGGGCACGGCAAUCAGAUCAACGAUAUACGGGCGGCGGGCGAUUUCGUGUACACGGCCGGCAUCGAUGACUCGAUCAAGCAGAUCAGCGUGGAGGGCAACACGUACACGGGGGUGGAGGCGAAGCUGGCCUGUCAGCCGCGUGGUAUGGACAUACUGAAGGAGAGCAACACGGUUGUGGUGGGGUGCGUGAAGGACAUUACCGUGCUGCAGGACAGCCGGAAGGUGUCGGCGCUGCCGAUUAGCUACGAGUCGAGCAGCGUUAGCAUCAACCCGGAAACGAUGGACGUGGCGGUGGGCGGUGACGAUAGCAAGGUGCACAUCUACACGCUGAGCGGUGGCCAGCUGACGCACAAGCUCGACCUGGAGCAUCUUGGGCCGGUGACGGACGUGCGCUACUCGCCCGACAACAAGCUGCUGGUGGCGUCCGAUGCCAACAGGAAGGUGAUCCUGUACAGUGUGGCGGAUUAUAAGCCACCGCACAACAAGGAAUGGGGCUUCCACAACGCACGGGUGAACUGUGUCGCCUUCUCGCCCAACUCGGAGCUCGUCGCUAGCGGUUCGCUCGAUACGACCAUCAUCAUUUGGUUCGUGAACAGUCCCGCCAAGCAUACGAUCAUCAAGAAUGCCCAUCCACAGUCGCAAAUUACGGGCCUUGUUUGGUUGGACAACGAAACGCUCAUCUCGACCGGACAGGACUGCAACACGAAGGUUUGGAACAUCGAGAAUGUCGCAUAAGCCAAAAAAGAUACCUCUUCUCCCCUCAUCCCCUAAUCCCCCUACCCUACGUGGGGGACACACACAUUUGCACAUGCUAAAGAAGGGGAAAAGGAUAAACAUUGAUAAGAAUGCUACGGUGGAAAGUGAUGCGAACGUUGUUGCUCACACCUUCCUGCCCGCGUUGAGUUCUUUCCUCUUCUUCCUUAUUUAUUUGUGUAGCAUUUUCCCCCCUCUUGUUACCUAACGAUGGGUUCGAAGGAAUGAACAACUCAACCGUAUUUUUGGUAAAAUGGCUUACAAGCCAACCUUGUGGAGUGUGUUUGUGUUCCUUUUGCGCUUUGUUUUGCUCCCAUCCCUUGUUUUGUGUUGUAUUAAUGCUGAAUGUAUUAGCCUGCCUUUCCUGCCUAGUAUUGCCAAUGGGAUAGAGUGAAGUGAAAACAAUUGGACGGCAAAAGCAAGCCUAAGGAGGGAGCCCCUAUGGACACCUAUUCUUUAAGUUAGAGUCCCGGAACUCGAUCCUUAGUUUUGUGUUAAAUUAUCUGUUAAAUUCACUGCAGUUUUUUUGUCGUAAUUUUGUGCCUUCCUCUCCUCUGUCGAUAAAGUGUUUCUGUCCCCUCACGGCUCCCUUGUGCGAGCGAAUCAAACCAAUCAAACCAAAACCUUCGGUACAUGCAGGGCAUGCAGAGAGUGGCGCAUCGAGGCUUCAAUAGCGAAUGGGGGGAAGAAGCCGCAGAGUGAAGUGACAUUGCAUUUAAUUUAUUAUCUUCAUUUUGUUGUACUAAAAAAGCAAAAACAAAAAAAAACACCGAAGAGCUCGCUUCUUUUGCGCAACCAUAUACCUUCCCUUUGCGGUGGCGAUAGGACGAUACGGUUUUUGAUUUAGAUGAUCCGGUGAUUUGCCCCUACAGCAACAGCAACAGCAACAAACAAAAACAUGAACCUUGUCUACAUAUACACGUAAUUUUUUAUAAGCGAAUAAAAACGGAGUUUUUUUUUCAAUGUAAAUUAAA